GCACCUAAGUAUGAGCAUCGAACAAACCUAAAAGGUUUUACGACACCAUGGUGAUAGUAUAUACAUUUAUAAAUUCCAAAGUAUAUAGAUAUUUCAUCAGUAUUAUACUGCUACCUGAUGCUGAAAUGACAGAAAGUGGUAGUAGAAAAAUGGCAUUUCUAUAAGGUUUAUACCAAAAGGUGUCACAGAAAUAAAAAUCAAUCAAUUGAUAAUAGGAAUAUAAUGGAAACAUACCAAUUAGACAAAAUCUGUCGAUGUUGUUUACAAAGCAAUGGUCAAAUGAAACCACUUUAUGGAUUUUCUUUAGAUGAAAUGCUUCGCUCUCUUGUUGGUAUAAAGGUAGAACCUAAUGAUGGCUUGCCUGAGCUUAUAUGCUUUCAGUGCGUUCUUCAGCUAAGUAGAGCUUUUCGUUUUAAAACGCAAUGCCAAAAAUCGAAUACAACAAUACUUGAGCAUAUCAAAAACGCCCUAACCGAUGGACAUGGUGCAGAAUUUGAAAGCUGUUGCGAUGAAAAUGACAAUGAAGUUUCUAAUAUUGAAGAUGAUAAAAGUUUUGAAAUGACUUCAAACAAACAAGAAGGGCAUUCGUCAGUUGAAAAUCUACUUAGAGAUCAAACAACUGCUACAUCUGAAAUUGAUAUAAUUAAAUGUAAAAUUUGUAACAAAGUAUUCAAUUCGCGAAAGCAACGUGUGCGCCAUGUGAAAAUUCACGAUAACAAUAAGGCCCACAAAUGUUUAGAGUGUAAUAAAACGUUUUCACAAAGCUGUAAUCUAAAGAAUCAUAAGCUCAAACAUAUUGGUGGAUUAAAUACAGCCUUACUAAGAAAUAAUAUGUGUUCAGUUUGCGGAAAAACCUUUAAGUAUGCAAGUUCACUUUCUAAGCACACUAAACUUCAUACGGGAAAAAACCUUUUGUACUGCCCCUCUUGUCCGAAGUUCUUCUUAGAAAAUACCACAUUAAAAAAUCACAUGAGAAGUCAUACUGGAGAUCGAUCUUUUAUUUGUCCUAGUUGUAAUAAAAGCUUUACAAAUUCAUCUAAUUUAAAAAAACAUGUACGAUCACAUAGUAAUAAGAAACCAUUUGAAUGCAACAUAUGUGGACGAAAAUUUAGAGAACGAAAUUACUUAACAAUCCACAGAAGAAUCCACAACAAAGAACAGAAUGUCCUUUGUAGCCAAUGUGGGAAAGGUUUAGCAAAUGCCAAGAGUUUACAUGCGCAUAUGCGAUUGCACGAUAAUAGUUGUGAGUUUGAAAAUUGUGAUAAGAGUUUUUCUCAAAUCGAUAAAUUAGCGAUUCGCCGAAGAAAUCAUACUGGGCAAAAAUUCAGCAACUCGUUUAAAAACUCAAAUUACUCCAGGGAUCAUAGCAAUUAUGAGGAACCGAUUGCAUGUAAUCAAUAUGCAUCGACAUUUUCUUCAAAAACGAACUUAAAGUCUCAAUUAAACAAGCAAAUCUGCAUCGGUUCAGUUACAGAUCAUGUUGACCAAGAAAAUCAGUGUUCAAUGCAUUCCGAACUAAAUCAAGCUUGGACACUCGCUGCUUUAGUUUCAAUUUAAUGAAAAUAGGGAAUGUUCAGUCGUGUGCGCUGAUGAUGAUAGACAAGUUCUAUCGAAACGCGUCUAAGGUAAUUCAGUGUAAAUGUGAAUUCGUUUUGUGUUUAUGUUGAAAAUAAAAAGUGUGAUCAAUAAAGAUUAAAAUUAAAUAUUUAAAAAAGGAAUGUUCUAUUAUAUCUAGUUCUUAGAAAACCAAUAAAUAUGCAUUAAACAGCCAUCUGACCAUUUUUUUUUAAAUUUAAAUGUACAUAGGGACUUACAUACAAA